CAGGACUGAUGAUGGUGAAGGAAUGGGAGAGACUGCUUGCGCGAUCACAAACUCUACCAUCGCUGUGACUAACGGCAGGAGCGCGCAGUGGACCGCUCGUCCUCUCAGUCAGUCGCGAGUGGAAACUGGCUCGGAUCGCACCGCAUCAUCCUACCGGGAAAAAUAUGUUUCCUGCACCGCCUACCGUUAUCAGCGUGGAGAAAAGUCACGUAAAAGGAUCUACUACAAAGGACGUUACUUGUUUUGACCACUAAUUUGUGUUAUAAAGAAGAUAUAAUCCAGAUACUGCCAAAUUAGGAAAAUGGCAAGGAUUGGAUAUUUUAAUUUCAGAGAGGUGGUGAACAUGGCGUCGUGGCGGCUGGUCUGUGUCCUGGCAGUGUGGACCUCUGUGUUGGGUCUGGCCCAGUGUUGUCCAGAGACCUGUAGCUGUCUGGAUAAAUACACCCACCAGUUCACUGACUGUGCCUACAAAGACCUGCUGUUAGUUCCCAUAGGCCUCCCCUCCAACGUCACCACGCUCUCUCUCUCUGCCAACAAGAUCAAACACCUGAAGGCCAAGAGCUUUAUUAACGUCACCCAGGUGACCUCCCUAUGGCUGGCCCACAAUGAGAUGGUGACCAUCGAGAGGGACUCUCUGGCCCCGCUGAAUCAGCUGCGAAACCUGGACCUCAGCUACAACAAGAUCAUCAGCUUCCCCUGGGAGGACCUGGCCAACCUCACCGCUCUUCAGCUGCUCAAGAUGAACAACAACGAGAUGAUCAACCUCCCUAAAGAUGCCUUCUCCACUCUCGAAGACCUGAGGUCCCUGAGGAUCAACAACAACAGGUUCACUACCAUCGUCCAGGGGACCUUCACCUCGCUAAGCUCCAUGUCUCACCUUCAGAUCUACAACAACCCUUUCACCUGCUCCUGCAGUCUGGAGUGGCUGAGAGACUGGAUCACGGAGUCUAAGAUCUCUGUCCCAGAGCAGGACUCUAUCGUCUGCGAGGCCCCAGAGCAUCUGCAAGGGGCCCUGGUGACCAAGAUGCCCAAACUGGACUGCAAGGCCCCGACGGUGUCCAUCACCUACCAGCCAAACCUGGACAACACUGAGCUAUACGAAGGGUUUAUGGUGAUUCUCAACUGUGAGACCAAGGGCAACCCCAAACCAGAGGUCAGCUGGGAGGUGGUGAACGCAGGGAACCAGAAGUUCACAUUCAGUUUGCCCUCUGUGGUCAGCGUGAAGAAUGACUCGCCCAUCAACGAUAAAAGCACCAACAGCCGGUUCCUGGUCUUCCAGAACGGCACCAUGAUCAUCCCCCGUAUGAGCAAGAAGGAGGAUGGGAACUACAGCUGCUCAGCUGUCAACGAUCUCGGUAAAGCAAACAGCACAGCGAAGGUAGUAGUGGCGGGCACCAAGAAACAAGCCAUUAACUCCAUGCUGGACACCACAGUAGAUAAGAUCCUCCGUCCGUCUGGUGGAAACAAGCCGGGACCUAAGAUGACCAACAACAUCAUCAACUGGCCCAAGUCCGACUCUGAGAAGACCAAGAACAUUCCAACUGGGUCGUCUGUUAAACACGCCGAUGGCUCAGUGCAAGCUGGCGAGGGCUCAGAGGAGCUGCCGUUUACCAGUAAGUGUGGCGUCAGCGAUGGCACUCAGUACAUCUCCAACCACGCAUUCAACCUCAGUCUGGACCAGCUGAAGCAGUACACCUUUGAUUUCGGCGUCAUCGCGUUGGAAGUGUCCGAGACCGAGGCCAAAGUGCAGCUCAAUCCUCUGCACCUCCCCAACAGUAAGAACGACCUUCAUCUCAGCCACAAUGAGAACCUAGAGACCGUCGACAAAGAACCGUUCAGCCUCUAUCAAGCCUCAACCAAAACAACCCCUCUGGACGUGCUCUAUCUGUGUUUUAACACUGGUAACGGCCACUCUGUGGUGCAGUGGUCCCGGAUAGAAGAGGGGAUCAAUGCCUAUAAGUUCCAGGGCCUACAACCAGGCACCAACUACACCCUGUGUCUGACCUACGGAGGGCAGGACUGUCAGGUCCAGGUAAUCUUCACAACUAGGAAGAAGAUUCCUUCUCUGUUGAUCAUAGUGAUGGUUAGUACCUUCCUGUUGGUGCUGGCUACAGUCCCUCUGCUGGGAGCCACCUGCUGUCAUCUCUUAAACAAGUACCAGGGAAAGACUUACAAACGGAUCAUUAAGGCGGCGCAGAAGAACACAGAUCAAAUGGAUAAACAUAUGUUUGGAGGUGAUUUCGACCCCCGGGCGUCCUUUGUGGAGUCGGAGAAGAAUUCUAACCCAAGUGAGAUAGAAGAAGGAGAAGGGGAGGACGGACAGGACAGGGAGGAGUUGCAGGGGAGUGUGGUUACAGAGUCUAUCCCGGGUUCUACAUUCAAAUUUGAGGUGGGUUCGGAGUACAGCGAUAGAUUACCGUUGGGCGCUGAGGCGGUGAAUAUCUCUGAGGAUGGAAACGGUAACUACAAAGAGUCGAAUCGCUGAGCAGAGCCGUGUGAUGCUAAUCAGAGGAGAUAGGAGCUUGUGAAAUAGUUACUUUCGACUACAUUUUAAACCAGCUAACUCACAGAUCAUUAUUUCACUACAAGAAGAUAGCCCUGAUGAAGGCGGAUAGCUCAUUUCACCUCAGAAAGUAAGUAACCCGUUAUACCCCAAAUAAGAGAUUGUCAAAAUGAACAGUUGUGAAUACUUACUGUGCAUUCGGAAAGUAUUCACACUCCUUGACCUUUUCCACAUUUUGUUACUUUACAGCCUUAUUCUAAAAUGGAUUAAAAAGAUAUAUAUCUUCUCAUCAAUCUACACACAAUACCCCAUAAUGACAAAGCAAAAACAGAUUUUGAUUGAUUUUCGCAAAUGUAUUAAAAGUAAAGGAAAAUCAAAAAUACAUUUACAUAAGUAUUCAGACACUUUACACAGUACUUUUGUGAAGCACCUUUGGCAGCAAUUACAGCCUCAAGUCUUCUUAGGUAUGACGAUACAAGCUUGGCACUCUUGUAUUUGGGGAUAUUUUCCCAUUCUUCUCUGCAGAUCCUCUCAAGCUCUGUCAGGUUGGAUGAGUUGUGUCUCUGCACAGUUAUUUUCAGGUAGAAGCUGUUGAGGAGCCUUUUGGUCCUAGACUUGGUGCUCCGGUACCACUUGCCGUGCGGUAGCAGAGUAAACAGUCUAUAACUUGCGUGACUGGAGUCUCUGACAAUUUUAUGGGCUAUUAUAUAGGUCCUGGAUGGCAGGAAGCUUGGCCCCAGUGAUGUACUGGGCCAUUCUCACUACCCUCUGUAGCCCCUUACGGUCAGAUGCCGAGCAGUUGCCAUACCAGGCGGUGAUGCAACCGGUCAGGAUGCUCUCAAUGGUGCAGCUGUAGAACCUUUUGAGGAUCUGGGGACCCAUGCCAAAUCUUUUCAUUCUCCUGAGGGGGAAAAUGUUUUGUCGUGCCCUCUUCACGACUGUCUUGGUAUGUUUGGACCAUGAUAGUUUGUUGGUGAUGUGGACACCAAGGAACUGGAAACUCUCGACCCACUCCACUACAGCCCAGUCGAUGUUAAUGGGGGCCUGUCUGGCCCGCCUUUUCCUGUAGUCCACGAUCAGUUCCUUUGUCUUGCUCACAUUGAGGGAGAGGUUGUUCUCCUGGCACCACAAGGCCAGUUCUCUGACCUCCUCUCUAUAGGUCGUCUCAUCGUUGUCGGUGAUCAGGCCUACCACUGUUGUGUCGUCAGAAAACAUAAUGAUGGUGUUGGAGUCGUGUUUGGCCACUCAGUCGUGAGUGAACAGGGAAUACAGGAGGGGACUGAGUACACACCCCUGAGGGGCCCCAGUGUUAAGGAUCAGCGUGGCAGACGUAUUGUUGCCUACUCUUACCACCUGGGGGCGGCCCGUCAGGAAGUCCAGGAUCCAUUUGCAGAGGGAGGUGUUUAGUCCCAGAGUCCUUAGCUUAGUGAUGCGCUUUGUGGGCACUAUGGUGUUGAACGCUGAGCUGUAGUCAAUGAAUAGCAUUCUCACAUAGGUGUUCCUUUUUGUCCAGGUGGAAAAGGGCAGUGGGGUGUGUGAUUGAGACUGCGUCAUCUGUGGAUCUGUUGAGGCGGUAGAAAACUGGAGUGGGUCUAGGGAGUCCGAGAGGAUGCUGUUGAUGUGAGCCAUGACCAGCCUUUCAGGGCACUUCAUGGCUACGAUAGUGAGUGCCACGGGCGGUAAUCAUUUAGGCAGGUUACCUUCAAUUCCUUGGGAGCAGGGACUAUGGUGGUCUGCUUGAAACAUGUAGGUAUUACAGACUCGGUCAGGUAGAGGUUGAAAAUGUCAGUGAAGACACUUGACCGUUGGUCCGUGCAUGCUUUGAGUACACGUCCUGGUAAUCCGUCUGGCCCAGCGGCUUUGUGAAUGUUGACCUGUUUAAAGGUUUUGUUCACAUCGGCUACCGAGAGCGUUAACACACAGUCAUCCAGAACAGCUGGUGCUCUCCUGCAUGCUUCAGUGUUGCUUGCCUCGAAGCGAGCAUAAAAAUAAUUUUGCUCAUCUGGUAGGCUCGCGUCACUGGGAAGCUCGCGUCUGGGUUUCCCUUUGUAGUCCGUAAUAGUUUUCAAGCCCUGCCACGUCCGACGAGCGUCAGGGCUGGUGUAGUAGGAUUCAAUCUUAAUCCUGUAUUGGCGCUUUGCUUGGUUUGAUGGUUUGUCUGAGGGCAUAGCGGGAUUUCUUAUAAUCAAAUCAAAUUUAUUUAUAUAGCCCUUCUUACAUCAGCUGAUAUCUCAAAGUGCUGUAUAGAAACCCAGCCUAAAACCCCAAACAGCAAGUAAUGCAGGUGUAGAAGCGUCCGGGAUUAGUCUCCCGCUCCUUGAAAGUGGCCGCUCUAGCCUUUAGCUCGAUGCCGAUGUUGCCUGUAAUCCAUGGCUUCUGUUUGGGAUAUGUACGUACGGUCACUUUGGGGACGACGUCAUCGAUGCACUUAUUGAUGAAACCGAUGAUUGAGGUGGUGUACUCCUCAAUGCCAUUGGAUGAAUCCCAGAACAUAUUCCAGUCUGUGCUAGCAAAACAGUCUUGUAGUGUAGCAUCCGCGUCAUCUGACCACUUCUGUGUUGAGCGAGUCACUGGUACUUCCUGCUUUAGCUAACAGUACACUUUAACUUGAAAUGAAAAUUACUUUCUGACAAAAUUAGAAACGUGUAAUAUCUGAAAAUGUAGCUAGCUAGACUAUUGUGCCCGUAUACAUGGAUGGACUCAGAUGCCACGGUUGUUAUUAAGGCACAUGAAAGUACACAAUUUUCCAGAAGGCAUUUCUGCCCAAAAACACAUUUUGAUUAAAGAAAAGUUUACAUUCAAAUGGCUCUCCUGUGAAGUAAGAAAAAUAAAUAUAUAUAUAUAUGUUUUCGCUUUGUCAUUAUGGGGUAUUAUGUGUAGACGAAUGAGGAAAAAGUUGAGGGGUCUGAAUACUUUCCGAAUGCACUGUAAGUAUUCAGAACUCGAAAUUGAGCUCAGGUGCAUCUUAUUUCAAUUGAUCAUCCUUGAGAUGUUUCUACAACUUGGUUGGAGCCCACUUGUGGUAAAUUAAAUGGAUUGGACAUGAUUUGGAAAGGCACACACCUGUCUAUAUAAGGUCCCACAGUUCACAGUGCAUGUCAGAGCAAAAACCAAGCCAUGAGGUCGAAAGAAUUGUCUGUAGAGAUCAGAGAUAGGAUUGUGUUGAGGCACAAAUCUGGGGAAGGGUACCAAAAAAUGUCUGCAGCAUUGAAGGUCCCCAAGAACACAGUGGCCUCCAUCAUUCUUAAAUGGAAGAAGUUUGGAACCACCAUGACUCUUCCUAGAGCCGGCCGCCCAGGCAAACUGAGCAAUUGGAGGAGAAGGGCCUUGGUGAGGGAGGUGACCAAUAACCUGAUUGUCACUCUGACAGACCACCAGAGUUCCUCUGUGGAAAUGGGAGAACCUUCCAGAAGGACAACCACCUCUGCAGUACUCCACCAAUCAGGCGCUUAUGGUAGAGUGGCCAGACGGAAGCCAUUCCUCAAUAAAAGGCACCUGACAGCCCGCUUGGAGUUUGCCAAAAGGCACCUAAAGACUCUCAGACCAUGAGAAACUAGAUUCUGUGGUCUGAUGAAACCAAGAUUCAACUCUUUGACCUGAAUGCCAAGCAUCACGUCUGGAGGAAAUCUGGCACCAUCCCUACAGUGAAGCAUGGUGGUGGCAGUAGGGACUAGGAGACUAGUCAGGAUUGAGGCAAAGAUGAAUGGAGCAAAGUCAGAGAGACCCUUGCUUAGAACCUGGUCCAGAGCGCUCACGACCUCAGACUGGGAUGAAGAUUCACCUUCCAACAGGACAACGACCCUAAGCACACAGCCAAGACAACGCAGGAGUGGCUUCGGGACAAGUCUCUGAAUGUCCUUGAGUGGCCCAGUCAGAGCCCGGACUUGAACCCGAUCGAAAUCUCUGGAGAGACCUGAAAAUAGCUGUGCAGCGACGCUCCCCAUCCAACCUGACAGAGCUUGAGAGGAUCUGCAGAGAAGAAUGAGAGAAACUCCCCAAAUACAGGUGUGCCAAGUUUGUAGCGUCAUACCCAAGAAGACUCGAGGCUGUAAUCGCUGCCAAAGGUGCUUCAACAAAGUACUGAGUAAAAGGUCUGAAUACUUAUGUAAAUUUGAUAUUUCAGUUUUACAUUUUUAAUAGAUUUUCAAAAAUGUCUAAAAACCUGUUUGUGUGUUGUCAUUAUGGGGUAUUGUGUGUUGAUUGAUUAUGGUUAAAAAACUGUUUACUCAAUUUUAGAAUAAGGUUGUAAUGUAACAAAAUGUGGAAAAAGUCAAGGGGUCUGAAUACUUUCUGAAUGCAUUGUAUAUAAAACUUACGACAUUCCUCUUGCAGUUACAAUAGACUACUGAAAGCACAGCUGUUCUACAGUUCAAACAGACCUCAUAACUUGUAAAAAGCAGAAGACAUUGAAAUGUCCCCUUUAUGCAGCGCGUAUUCUAGCCUUUAAAUGCUUCACCUCAGCAGGAUGCGAUGCUAGCCAGCUUCCCAACUGCUAUUUCCAUUGUGAUGAUCAAAGAGGGAACAUCACGUUGUGGAGUUUUAAGGCAUGUUCCCGGUUCACUGUCGACAGAUGUUGUUUAAUGUAAUGUGAGGGCUUUGACAUGUGACCUUUUUAACCUCUCAUGAAUCUGAACAUGUCCAUGGCAUGUCACACAGAUGACUUAUAUCCUUCGUGUGUUUUUUUUUAGCGUAGGCCUAUUCUAUAGGACUUUAGAUAUUGUUCUUAAUGUCAAAAAUGUGAUGUAAAGACCCAGUGAAAUUGAAAGGAUUUUUCUCUUUUUUGGGGGGGGAAAGCGUAAAUGAUCCGUUUGUACAGUAUCAUCACCUGACGCUUUAAAGGGCAGCUGGUGGCUUUGAGUGUCCUGUAUUUCUAUGCAUCGUUUGUGAGCUACUGUCCCAACGAUGUUGUACAAAUAUCUCCCGACCUUUCAAGAUUUUUUAUAUGAUUUUAUGUACGUGAAAUUAAUAAAUGAUCUAAAAAUA